ACUCAGCCUAGUCCAACAAGCACUGGGACCUGGCUCUCAACGAACCUCGGCACAAUGGUAUUCGCAUUUUGGAAGGUCUUUCUGAUCCUAAACUGCCUUGCAGGUCAGGUUAGUGUGGUGCAAGUGACCAUACCAGAUGGUUUCAUGAAUGUGACUGUUGGAUCUAAUGUCACUCUCAUCUGCAUCUACACCACCACUGUGGCCUCCCGAGACAAGCUUGCUAUCCAGUGGUCUUUCUCACAUAAGAAGGAGUUGGAACCACUUACCCACAGCCCGUGCCUCAAUACUGAGGGUAUGGAGGAAAAGGCAGUCAGUCAGUGUCUAAAAAUGGUGCAUGCAAGAGACGCCCGGGGAAGAUGUAGCUGGACCUCUCAGAUUUACUAUUCUGAAGGUGGACAAGAAGGAAGCUCUGGGCAAUUUAAAGAUCGAAUUAUAGGGUCCAACGAUCCAGGUAAUGCGUCCAUCACUAUUUCGCAUAUACAACCAGCAGACAGUGGAAUUUAUAUCUGUGAUGUUAACAACCCCCCAGACUUUGUCGGCAAAAAUCAAGGCGUCCUCAAUGUCCGUGUGUUAGUCAAACCUUCUAAGCCAUUCUGUAGUAUUCAAGGAAGACCAGAAACUGGCCACAUUAUUUCACUUUCCUGCCAUUCUGCUCUUGGAACACCUUCCCCAGUGUAUUACUGGUAUAAACUUGAGGGAAGCAAUAUCGUGCCAGUGAAAGAAAGCUUCAACCCAACCACCGGAAUUUUGGUCAUUGGAAAUCUGACAAGUUUUGAACAAGGUUAUUACCAGUGUACUGCCAUCAACAGUCUUGGCAAUAGUUCCUGUGAAAUCGACCUAACUUCUUCACAUCCAGAAGUUGGAAUCAUUGUGGGGGCCUUGGUGGGUACCCUAGUAGGUGCUGCCAUCAUCAUCUCUGUUGUGUGCUUCGCAAGGAUCAAGGCAAAAACAAAGGAAAGGAAGAGAAAUUCUAAGCCUACCACAGAACUCGAGCCUAUGACAAAGGUAAACCAAAGUGCAGAGAGUGAAACAAUGCCAACAGAAGACGCCACCCAACUAGAAACUUUACCAUCUUCCAUUCAUGAGACUGGCCCUGCUACCAUCCUGGAACCAGACCAUGAGCCAGACUCUAUCCCGGAGAAUGCUGCAGGACAGGAGCCUGUGCCAGUGCCUGACCUUGAGAUUGAGCUAAAGCCAGAGCCAGAUCUGGAAUUGGAACUGAAACCCGAACCAGAGCUAGAGCCUGACAUUGUAGUUGAGCCCUUAAGUGAAGAUGAAAAGGGAAUGGUUAAGGCAUAAGCUAGUGGCCUAAGUACAUUCAUCAUUAAGGAACCCAUUCCCAGCAUUUGGAUUUCAGUUGACCUAACCAGCCCCCACCUCCUCCCUUCAUUUUGACCAACCCUCUUCUAACAAGGUGCUCAUUCCUACCAAGUACUCAGAAUAAACAGGCCAAGAUAACUACUAAAUAAACAAAGGUUCCUGUAUUACUGGUAUAGAGUACUAACAAUUUGACUAACA